AUGGAAACUAUUUUCCAAACGAUAAGUCGCACAGAAUCAAAUUUUAAAAAAAUCGGCAAAUUAAACAUAAAUGAGUCUGUCAUUAAGGGACGCAUUGAAUUAUUGAACCAACGAUGGAUAGUUGCACAAGCUAUAGAUUUAAAAAUUCAAAUUGCAGCGGCUAAAGAGGACAAACAGAAAUAUGAUUAUUUUAAGCAAGCUCAAUUUUUGCGAGUAGAGGAAACAUAUUUAUCCGCGCUUGAUUUUCUCAAUUUACAAUUGCAUAAUAUUAUUACUCCUGUAAUUAAACCUGGUAAUUUUAAACCUGUUGAAAAUAAGGGAAAUGAAUCUGUCAAUGUUAAAUUACCACAAAUUAGUUUGCCAGAAUUUUCAGGAAGUUAUGGAGAUUGGGAAAGUUUUCGGGAUUUAUUUUCCGCACUUAUUAUUAAAAAUGAUAGUUUAUCAAAUGUAACGCGUUUUCAUUAUUUAAAAACAGCGUUGAGUGGAGAAGCCGCUCAAUUGGUGAAACACAUUGUAAUUACUGAAGCAAAUUUUUCUAACGCGUGGGAAAUAUUAACGACACGUUAUGAGAAUAACAGAGCACUUAUUACUGCUCAUAUUCAAUCUUUUAUGGACAUUUCAAAUGUUAGUAGUAAUUGUGUAGAUAGUUUAAAAUCACUUCGGGAUACGACGAAUGAAGCUUUGUCAGCGCUAAGAAAUUUAAAGAGACCUGUAGAACAAUGGCAAGAUUUAUUAGUUUUUAUAAUUUCACGUAAACUCGAUUCUCAAUCACUUAAAGAAUGGGAAAUGCAGCUUGGUUCUAGUUCAGAAUAUCCAACUUAUGGAAAUUUAAAUGAAUUUUUGUCAACAAGAAUUAGAGCUUUGGAAGCAAUUCAAGCUUCAAAAUCAUCAUUUGAUAAAAAUAAAACUUCAAAAUCAAACUUAGUGAAGAGCCAUGCUGCAUCUUCCAAGUCUAAAUGUCUUAUGUGUAAAGAAAAUCAUCCUUUGUUUAAAUGUUCUCAAUUUAAGGCUUUGCCAGUAGAAAAACAAUCAGCUGAUGAUAUUGGGAGGGAGGAGUCUUCUUCAAUAAAUGCUAAUCAAGGUUCAGUAAAUUGUAAUGAUACGGUUUCAGGGUUAAAUACACAUUCUAAAUUCAUGGGAAGUACAAUUUUAGCAACGGCUCUAAUAGAUGUUAAAGUAAAUAAUGGAAAAUUACAUAAAUUUAGGGUUUUAUUUGAUCAAGGUUCUGAAUGUUGUUUUGCUUCAGAGAGAGCAGUUAAAAUUUUAAAACCAAAUUAUGAUCGUAUUAAUACACUAAUUUAUGGAGUCGGUGGAAACUCGGUUGGUCUUGCAAAGAAAUUGGCUCAUUUUCAGUUCCUACCUAAAGAAAAGGGUUGUAAGGCCAUAUCUAUUGAAGCUUUGGUUUUGUACAAGCCCACCUCUUAUUGCCCACCCACUAAACCGAAUUAUAUAUUAAAUUCAGAAUUGAAAGACUUAUUUUUGGCAGAUCCAGAUCCAUUCAGUAAUGAACCGAUUGAUUUUAUUGUGGGCGCAGAUAAGUUUGGUUCUUGCUUGUUGCCAGGCCUUAAACAUAAUGUUUUUGGAUGCUUAACUGCACAGCCCACAAUGUUUGGUUGGAUUCUUUCAGGGUCAUUUACUGUAUCUAAAGCACCUUCAGUACUGUCUAUGAACACUAGCACUAAUAUUUCAAAUGAGAAUUUACAUGAUGCAUUAGUUCGUUUUUGGGCGUUAGAAGAAAUUCCUUUUGUUUCUUCUUUAACAGAAGAAGAAUUAAAAUGCGAAGAAUAUUUUUCUUCAAAUUUUCAACGGUUAGAAAGUGGGAGAUAUAUGGUACGAUUGCCAUUUAAAAAUGGUCCACCUAUAAAUAUUGGCCGAUCAUUCGGAAGAGCAAAAUUAAUUUUAGAACGUGUUUUAAGUCGUUUAAUAGAAAAAUCUAAACAGUUGGAAAUGUAUCGGGAAUUUUUAAAUGAAUAUUUGCAGUUGGGUCACAUGUGUUUAGUGAAGGAGAGCGAAUAUAAUGAUUCUUCCCAAAUUGUUUAUUUACCACACCAUGCUGUAAUUCGCGAGGAUAGUUUAACAACUAUAUUGAGAGUCGUUUUUAAUGCGUCAAGUCUCACUUCUAAUAAUACAACUUUAAACUCUCACUUUCUUAUUGGUCCACCCUUAUUAAAUGAUUUAAUCUCUAUUUUAAUAAAGUGGCGUAUGUUUCGCUAUGUUUUGGCGGCUGAUGCUGAAAAAAUGUUUCGACAAAUAUUAAUCGAUCCAAGGGAUGUAGAUUACCAACGCAUUUUGUGGAAGAAUUCAGAUGGGCAAUUGAUAAUUUAUCAAUUACUCACUGUUACUUAUGGUACCGCGUGUGCCCCAUUUUUAGCUAACAGAGUAAUAAAGCAAUUAGCUCAGGAUGAAGGUGAGAAUUUUCCGUUAGCCAAACCUAUUUUGGAAGAAAAUAUUUAUGUUGAUGACGUCUUUUUUGGAAAGGAUGAUCUUCAAGAUGCUAAGGAAACUAAAGAUCAAUUAGUUAAUUUAAUGAAGAGUGGGGGUUUUAAUUUACGCAAGUGGUCUUCUAAUGACAAAUCUUUAUUAAGUGGUUGUACUUCUGAAAAUCACGAACGAGCAUUAGAUGAACAAGCAUCUGAUAGUGCAUCAUUAAAAGUAUUGGGCUUAAAGUGGGAACCUUCUUCGGAUUGUUUUCGAAUUGGGGUAAAUUUGGAAUCAAUUAAUGUACCUACUAAACGAUCAGUUUUAUCAGUCAUUGCUAAACUAUAUGAUCCUCUUGGAUGGAUAGCACCAGUUGUUGUAACUGCAAAACUUAUAAUGCAGGAAUUAUGGUUACGUAAAUUAGAUUGGGACGAAACAUUGCCUCCGGAUUUAAUGAAACAGUGGUUUGAUUAUUAUGAUCAACUAGAAUCUUUAAAAAAUUUAAAAAUACCACGUUGGGUAGGUGCAAUUACGACUAGCUCAAAUAGCGAAUUGCAUGGGUUUGCAGAUGCAUCAAAUCGUGCUUACGCAGCUAGUAUUUAUCUCCGUGUUAUUGAUGAUUCAAAUGAAAUUCAUACUACUCUUUUAAUCUCAAAAUCUAAAAUUGCACCAAUUACUCCUGUUAGCAUCCCGCGUUUGGAGUUAUGUGCUGCCGUUUUGUUAUCUAGAGUCAUGAAAUAUGUUCUUACGUGUUUAAAUUUUCAAGAAAUUCCUCAUUUCUGUUAUACUGAUUCAACUGUUGUUUUAGCGUGGUUAGGAAAACAUCCUUCUACCUGGAAAACGUUUGUUGCUAAUAGAGUAGCUUUGAUUAACGAAUUAGUACCUCAAGCACAGUGGCAUCACGUAACUACUAAUAAUAAUGCUGCUGAUUGUGCAUCCAGAGGUCUGAUGCCAAAGGAAAUUGUUGAUCAUUCUUUGUGGUGGGGAGGGCCCGAGUGCCUUUCUCAGGAUUCUAAAAAAUUAUCUAACAGUCAUAAAUUGAUCAAUGAAUCUACUGAAUUAGAGAAAAGAACGGUAAAAACUCAUUGCUUGCAAAGUUCUCAGAAAGUUUGUUCCGAAAUCACUGAUAGAUUUUCAUCAUGGCCGAAACUUUUACGUGUGAUGUCCUAUUGCUUUCGUUUUAUCAACAAAAUUAAAAAUUCUAAAUUAAAAUCUAAUUAUGAGUCCAUAUCUCUUACUACGUCGGAAAUUAAUCAAACACGUUUGUUUUUCAUAAAAUUAAUACAAUACGAGAGUUUUCAAUCGGAAUUAAGAGAUAUUGGAAAUCAGAAGGCUUUAACAAUGAAAUCUCCUAUUAAAAAUUUGAAUCCUUUCAUAGAUUCAGAGGGUAUUCUUCGUUUGGGGGGACGAUUACGAAAUGCUCCUAUUCGAUAUGAUGAAAAGCAUCCAAUUAUAUUACCAAAAAAUAAGAUUAGUCAUUUAAUAGCAUUGCACGCUCAUGUAAGAAGUAUGCAUGGAGGUAUCCAAUUGAGUUUACAUACAUUGCGACAAAAUUAUUGGAUUGUUGGAGCGCGUUCUGUAAUAAAAUCAAUAAUUAAUAAUUGUAUUACUUGUGUUAGGCAAAGAGCAGCUGUUAGUCAACAACUUAUGGGCGAUUUGCCUGAUUUUCGCGUAACUCCCAGUCGACCUUUCAGUCAUACUGGAGUUGAUUAUGCAGGUCCUUUUGAUGUAAAAUUGAGCCCAGGUCGUGGUUGUAAAACUCGAAAAGCCUACUUAGCAUUAUUUGUUUGUUGUUCUACUCGUGCAAUCCAUAUUGAACUCGUUUCUGAUGGUUCUUCUGCAGCUUUUUUGGCUGCGUUUCAGCGUUUCGCUUCUAGAAGAGGUAAACCUUCAAAUAUUUAUAGUGAUAAUGGACGGAAUUUUGUGGGAGCUGAUAGUGAGUUAAAACAGUAUUUGGUAAAAUUGAGAGCUGAUAAUGAUUUGCUUGAUCAACUGACUUCCGAUGGAGUUUCAUGGCAUUUUAUACCUCCUAAUGCCCCUCAUUUUGGGGGAUUAUGGGAAGCCGGGGUAAAAAGUGUGAAAUAUCAUUUACGUAGAAUAAUUGGUCUUCAAAAAUUCACUUUUGAGGAAUUUUAUACACUGUUAACUCAAAUAGAAGCAACUUUAAAUUCGCGUCCUAUAGCUCCUCUCUCUGAAGAUGCUGGGGAUUUUGCUUAUUUAACACCGGGUCAUUUCUUGAUUGGCGCACCAAUCACUAGCAUACCUGAGCCGUCGCUUGAGUUUACUCCUGAGAAUCGAUUAACUCGCUGGGGAUUAAUUCAACGUAUUUUUCAAACUUUUUGGAAAAAGUGGCGCAUUGAUUAUUUACAAUGUUUACAAAAGCGCCAUAAGUGGAAUGUUGUUAAACCAAAUAUCAGGGUUGGAAAUAUGGUGUUGUUGCGAGAUGACAAUUUUCCCCCAACUCAUUGGCUUCUUGGUAGAGUUAUAGAAUGUAUUAAAGGAUCUGAUGAACUUAUUCGUGUUGUAAGAGUAAAGACAGCUAAGUCUGAAUUAAAACGACCAUUGAGUAAAUUAUGUUUACUUCCGAUUAGAUCAGCGAAUGAGAAUGAUUUGUAA